AUGCCAGUUACAAAAUUCCUACAUAAAAAUCCGUACCUCCAGUACUUGAGAAGGUAUCCUUUGGCGUUUUUUAUAAGUGUGGCUGCCACUGGAGCCUCACCUUUUGCUUUGUAUGCUUUGAAAAAAACUGACAUGGUUAUUGAUCGAAAAAGAAACCCAGAACCUUGGGAAAUGGUGGCUCCUACUCAACCCCAAAAGCUUAUAACCAUCAACCAGCAAUGGAAGCCCGUUGAGUUGCUGCAGAAAGUCCGGAGAGCAACCAGAUGAUUACUCGCUACUCCUUUCUUCCAAAGAACACUCUAUGAAUCUAGUGGAAACACUUCUGCACAAACUCGAUUUUGAUGCCAGUGUGCGGAAAUGCUUCUGCUACAUUUUUAGGGUUUGCCUGCAUUCUUUGGAUCCUGCAUAAGCAAGUGAAGGUAGCACAUAGUCUAAAAUGGUUUUUCGUGUUUAUUGGU